AACCAAAAUAACGCAAAAGCAAAAAGAAAAGGCAAUCGGCGGCCGCUAAAUUUUUGUUUUUGUUUUUGUUUUUUGCCGCCGGCACCACACAGCCCCUCCAUACACGUGUUCCCGUUCUCUAUCUCUCUCUCUUUCUCUCACUGCUGUGUGUGUGCGUUAGUGUGUGCGAGUGUGUGUGUGUGUGUGCGUGUACCGUUAAUCGUUGUCCGCGGCAUACCGUUACUCUCCGACAAAAAGGGGCCAAGGAGGAGCCUCCCAACCACCAGAUACACCCCCCAACACCACCGCUCCCUACUCCUCCUCCUCCCACACGGACAAGAUAUUCAACAACAAAAUUCUCACCGAAGCCUCCAAAGCGCCCCUCAGGGCUGUCGCGCUGGCGUCAUUUCUGGGCGACGGUUUUGCCGCCCUCGGUAGUAGCCGAGCACCGCCGGUCAAGGAUCUAAUGGCAUUCGGUGCGGUACUGCACACAAAUCAGCACAGUAUCGGUCGCAGUGAACCGCCUGUGGGCGUGGGCGAUCCCUGUGCUGGGUGCAAUAAACCGAUCCUGGACAAGUUCCUGCUAAAUGUCCUCGAACGCGCCUGGCACGCCUCCUGCGUGCGAUGCUGUGAAUGCCUCCAACCGCUCACCGACAAAUGCUUCAGUCGCGAAUCGAAGCUCUACUGUCGCAAUGAUUUCUUCAGACGCUAUGGCACCAAGUGCAGUGGCUGUGGCCAGGGUAUUGCGCCAUCGGAUCUGGUGCGUAAGCCGCGGGACAAGGUUUUCCACCUAAAUUGCUUUACAUGUUGCAUAUGCCGCAAGCAGUUGAGCACAGGGGAGCAGCUAUACGUUUUGGAUGACAAUAAGUUUAUCUGCAAGGACGAUUAUCUGCUGGGCAAGGCGCCAUCCUGCGGCCACAAUUCACUGAGCGAUUCAUUAAUGGGCUCGGCGAGCGAAGACGAUGACGAUGAUGAUCCGCCGCAUUUGCGGGCCACGGCACUUGGAUUGGGCGUACUCGGACCGAAUGGCCCAGACUCAGCGGGUGGACCGCUUGGCACAUCGGAUAUAUCAGUACAAAGCAUGAGCACCGAUAGCAAAAAUACCCAUGACGACUCAGAUCAGGGCUCCUUGGAUGGGGAUCCGGAUGGUCGCGGCGAUUCACAGGCGGAGAACAAAAGUCCCGACGAUGCCAAUGGUUCGAAGCGUCGCGGUCCCCGCACCACCAUCAAGGCCAAACAGCUGGAGGUACUGAAAACGGCAUUCAAUCAGACACCGAAACCGACACGCCACAUUAGGGAGCAACUGGCCAAGGAAACGGGACUGCCCAUGCGCGUCAUACAGGUCUGGUUCCAGAACAAGCGCUCGAAGGAGAGACGCAUGAAGCAAAUCACCAGCAUGGGUCGUCCACCGUUCUUUGGCGGUGCACGCAAAAUGCGAGGCUUUCCCAUGAAUCUCUCGCCGGGCGGGCUAGACGAUGGACCCGGAUUUCCCUAUUUUGCAGCAGACGCUAAGUUCGAGUUUGGAUACGGCGGCCCGUUCCAUCCGCACGACGGUCCCUAUUUCCCAGGACAUCCCGGCGGACCGAUGCCGUUCAAUGCGCCAGGCGGACCCAUGGACCACAGCGGACCCAUUCCGAUGGUGAACGAGUUCGGACUGACGCCGGAGUCGACCUUUCUGAGUCAGGCGGGGGCACCGCCGAUGCAGUUGCAGACGGCCGUGGGGCCACCGCCGCCGCCGCCGCCUCCGAGCGCCGAGCACUUGAUGGCCGCCGCGCAGCAACAGGCGGCAGCGCAGCAGCAGCAGCAGCAGCAACAGCAGCAGGCGCAGCAGCAGGCACAGCAGCAGGCAGCACAGAAUGCGCAACAAGCAAGCCAAACGCAGCAGCAGCAACAAAAUGGCCCCCGCACCGCAUCGCCCGAGUUCUUGAGCUCCGCAAACUUCAGCGAACCGCAGAAUAUGCAAAAUGAAGGGCUCGUUUGGUAAUAUACGAAACAGUUGGCAACGCGCCUGCUGUUCCUCCAGACCUACACGCAGGAGAGGGAGCGGGAGCGGGAGAGGCAGUUGGAGAGGGAGAUGGAGCGGCUGCGACAGCGAGAGCGCAAAGAGCAGUGAGAGAAAUAGCAGUACUAGCCAGCAACAACAGCCGCCGCCCACAGCCGAGGCGCACACUAUGGACAUCUCGCUCUCGCGCACGGCCAUCUGAACAGAGACACACAAACGAACGAGCAGAAGCCGAGAGAGAGAAGGAAUGAUUGAGAGAGCUCGCGCAAUUGAGAGUCGUCGUCGUUCGCGCCAUUCGCGCUCUCUCGCUCUCAGUCGAAUAUUUGGAGGCAAAUUCUGCCCCAAGAACAGAAAAGAACACCUCUCGUCUCCCACUCCCCGAGCCCUUUGCCAUUAAGCUGCUUUCGGUUUUGUUUUUGUUAUAUUUUAUUAUUAUUAUUUUUAUUACUAUUCCAAUACGUAUUUUUGUUCGUGUAUUUCUGCGCCAAAAUAUUUGUAAAUUAUUAAAAGAA